AUGGACGAGAUCGCAAAGGAGUACGAUGUCAUCGUUUUGGGCACCGGUUUAACCGAGUGUAUUCUCUCUGGUGUGCUGAGUGUUAAGGGCAAGAAGGUUCUACAUAUCGAUCGCAAUGAUCACUACGGAGGAGAGGCUGCAUCCGUAAACCUCGAGACGCUAUUCAAGAAGUAUGGUAAUUUCACGAAGGGCGAGGAACCAUGGAAAAAGUACGGUCGACCCAACGACUGGAAUAUCGACCUAGUUCCUAAGUUCCUCAUGUCGUCCGGCGAGCUGACCAACAUCCUCGUCUCUACCGACGUUACCCGCUACCUCGAGUUUAAGCAGGUCGCAGGCAGCUUCGUACAGCAAGGCGCUGGAGCAAAGGCUACCGUUGCCAAGGUCCCCUCAGAUGCCGCCGAGGCUCUACGCUCUCCCCUGAUGGGUAUCUUCGAGAAGCGACGGAUGAAGAGCUUCAUAGAAUGGGUCGGCACCUUUGAUCAGAAGGAUCCUGCUACACAUAAGGGCCUUGACAUAACCAAGUGCACAAUGAAGGAGGUUUACGACAAGUUCGGCCUUGAGACCUCUACUCGCGACUUCGUCGGUCACGCCAUGGCCCUUUACCUUAACGAUGAGUACAGUGAUGAAGCCGGCAAGGCCCCCGAGGCUAUCGAGCGUAUUAGGAUGUACGGUAACUCGGUAGCAAGGUAUGGCAAGUCGCCUUAUAUCUACCCACUGUACGGUCUCGGCGAGUUGCCCCAGGGCUUCGCGCGGUUAUCUGCUAUCUAUGGUGGUACAUAUAUGCUCAACACUUCGGUCAACGAAGUCGUGUAUGAAGGUGGCAGGGCGACAGGUAUCAAGGCUACCAUGACCGGCAUCGAGCCCGAGAUGAAGUUCGAGACCAAGGCCAAGCUAAUUCUCGGUGACCCUUCGUACUUCUCCGAGAAAGUCAAGGUUGUCGGCCACGUGUUGAAGGCUAUCUGCGUCUUGAAGCACCCCUUAGCUGGUACCAACGACUGCGACUCCUGCCAAUUGAUUAUCCCCCAGUCUCAGGUUGGCCGUAAGAACGACAUCUACAUUGCCUGUGUCUCGUCAGCACAUAACGUGUGCCCUAAGGGCUACUACAUCGCUAUCGUUUCCACGAUUGCCGAGACCUCUUCCAACCACCACCUCGAGCUGCAACCUGGUCUUGAGCGCCUCGGCCAGAUUGAGGAGCAAUUUUUGGGCCCUCCUAUCCCGCUCUAUGAGCCUCUCGAGGACGGUACCAAGGACAAUGUCUUUAUCUCUAAGAGCUACGACGCAACGUCGCACUUCGAGACGACCACGGACGACGUCAAGGACAUCUACGCGCGCGCCACCGGUGAGGAGCUCAAGGUAGAAGGCCUCAGGGACUUGCAGGUCACCGAGGAGUAG